CACACAAAAUUGACAAUUCUUCGGGACAAGUGGAUAAAGCUUUAUCUCUCGUCAGUUACGGUAUCAAAAAAAAUGUAAAGAAUUUAGAAACUUUGGAAGAAGACCUUCAUAUGCUAUCACAACUUGUUUAUGAGUGUUAUCCGUCAUCAAAUGACAAAAUAAUCAUGACACUGAAUGAAUUUGAAGCUCUAACGGAAGAAGAAAUCAUCCAAACUUUCUUACGACAAACUGACGAAACACGGAUUGUGAAUGAUGUCAAGCUUUACAUAAUACCGUUUCUUAAACUGCUACCUGAACGCCGUGCUCGAAAAGCAGAACUCAUAGAUAAAAAUGAUAAAUAUUUGCAUCCAAUGGACUUAUUAUACAAAUAUAUAUUAGAUCUUUCAUCGUCUCAUUUGGAUUGGUGUUGUCUUCUUUUUGAAGCUUCUAAGCCAACUAUAACAUCUGAGGAGCGUGUUAUAACGUCUGACGAAGAUUUAGCCAACGUAGCACUUUCUUGCCUAUACGGAAAUACAAACACCGAUGAUCUAAAUAUUCAAACACGUAUUUUUGAAUGUCUUCCAACUCUUGACUCUGACUCUUCGGAAAUCAAUACUAUUCAUUCAGACUCCG